CGCUUCUUUCCCGGACCAAAACGUCCCUCGGACUCGGGGCUAGGGUUUUCAGCAAAAGCAUAAACGUCUACUACCGCUGCUGCUGCUGCUUCUUCCUUCUCUCAUGAAAUCCAACAAAACAAUGGGCGAGGGAGCGCAUGUAGAAGACGGUAUGUCACUGAUAAAGCAGCUGGCGUCGUGCAACCAGAGCGCCCGGAACAAGGCUCUCCGGGUCCUCCUCAACACGUGGCUUCCGUCCCAACGCGCCCUCCCCGAAGACGACCUCAAGAAGCUCUGGAAGGGCCUCUUCUACUGCGUCUGGCACGCCGACAAAUUCCCCGUCCAGUCCCACCUCAUCGACCGCCUCUCCUCUCUCCUCCUUCGCCUCCAUCUCCCUCUCUCCCUCCGCUACUUCUCCGUCUUCCUCCUCACCAUGCGCCGCGAGUGGCCCGGCAUCGACGCCCUCAGGUUAGACAAAUUCUACCUCUUGAUUCGAAGGUUUUUGCAUCAUUGUUUUGCUUUCUUGAAGAGUAAUUCCUGGGAUUUGGAGAUUUCGAGUCGUUUGAUGGGUGUGUUGGUGGAGAGCACUUUCUUCUCUGAUGAUAAGUUUCAGGGUAAUGGUGUUAACUACCAUAUUGCCUCUGUUUUUCUUGAAGAGCUCAGGCCGUUCCUCCCGGUUCGGUCUGAAAUACUCGAGCUUCUUCUGGAACCCUUUGUUUCGGUUAUGGGGAGGUUGCCUGAUAAGGUGUUGUUAGGGAAGAUUAGGUCUAACAUGUUUGGUGAGUUGUUGAAAAUGGGGAAGAAGUUAUUGGAGAUCAAGAAAGUGGGGGGUGAAGUUGAUUCGGGUGAUGAUGCCAUGGUUUUUGGGACAAUUGCGUUAACAAUGGGGUUUUCGAGCAAGUUUUAUGAAUUGGGUUCUUCGCCUCAUUGCUGUCAGGGGAAUAGGAAGGUGCUGUUUUCUUUGCAUGAGGCGUUUUCGAAGUUAGAGAAGGAUCUGGCGUCUUCGGGGAUUGAAGUUUCGCUUCCUGAUAUUGUUGAGAAUGAUGACGAUGAAGUGCCGAGUUUGGUUCCUAUUGGCACGGAGAUGGAAGUGGGUGGUCUGGAACCUGCUGAGGUUGCUGGAGAUGCUGUCAAUGUGUCUGCUGAAGAUAAACCUUUGAGCAAGGGCAGGAAGAAGAAGAAAGACUCCGGUGGCAGUAGCAAAAAGGCUAAGAAGAAGAAAAAGAAUGAGAUUUCUGAUAUGGUUUUAGAUAGCAGUUCUACAGGCGUAGAAAAGGAGAAUGCAGCUAUUGCAAAUGGUGAGAAUUCAAAUGAUGAACAUACAGAUGAUGGAAGUCCAGUAGAAUUUAAUGAAUCUGUGAUUUCGAACCUCCAGAUGCAGUUUGAGAAGGUUGCUGCUGAAGCAGGUUUGGAUGUUAAUGUUGCAAGUGCCUGUGAUUUGCCUAAACGUAAAGUUAAUGGUACUGUAUCUAAGAAGAGAAAGAGGGCAAAGAGUAUGGAUGCACAACAAUCGCGAAAUCCCGAGCUGAAUAGUGGAGGGGAUGCUCUAGGUGGCACAUCUGUAAAGAGUGCGAAGAAGGUAAGGUUUUCCAUGAAAAGUAACUUGGAGUGGAAGCCCCACAAUCCAUUACCCCCACAAAUUUUGAGAUUGCCUCCAUCUGUUACACCUAGAGGAAGUGCUCUUAAACAAGGGGUACCUCCUGGUCCCAUCCGGGAGAUGCCUCCUGCAGCUAAAAAAGUGAAACAGGGUGCUGUUUCUGUUAAGAAGCCCCGGAAGGGAAUAAAAGGCAUUUCCCCAGCCAUCAAACGCUUGAAGAAGUUGAAAUCUCGUUCUACCUAGUAGAUAGUUUUCUCGCUUCUAGCCAAAAGAAGGAAAAAAGGAGGUGCUUUUGUAUGUCAUAGGGCCACGUUUUCUUGGGACAGUUUAUCAAAUUUUGGGUUGUCAUGCUCAUUGCCCUUGAAGAUUCCUCCAUCUUGUACUCUUCCUUUGUUGCCUGGUUUCUUUUGUCUCCUGAACACAAAGUUUAUUUUGAUAUUGAUAUUGAUUUGUUCCUCAAGUGGAAUUCAAUGUUUCAUCAAGUUGAUGGCCUUCGGGUGGAUUUUUAGUUCUUCA